GCAGGGGGUUUGCUGUUUGGCUUUGCGGCUGCUGAAUCAGACCCAGUUAGACUGAGAGGCUCAACCCCAGCCCAGCGCCUGCUGCGGUGUCUCUAACCUGAGUGUCUGAGAGAGACAAUGGGGCCAGCACCUGGGUCCACUGAGAGUGACGUGCCGCUGCAGGAGAAUGCUAAUGGCAGUGGACACCUGCAGACUGCAGGGGAGCCAGAACCUCGUCGUAAUGGCAAGAAAAGUCAAACCCGUCCAGUUGUGGUUGCGCUGAUAGUUGUAUCGUGUGCUUUGAUCGCUGCCAUCAUUGCUCUGGCAGUGCUGGCAUCUAAGCUUUCAUCAGCUGCUCUGUGCCCCCCUGCUGGCCCUGCAUGCCCGGACGGCUGGAUGGGAUACCGAGGGAAAUGCUACUAUUUCUCGGAGGCUGAAGGGAACUGGAACAACAGCCAGAGCCAGUGCUCUGCACUCAGCGCCUCCCUGGCUGGGAUCGAUAGUGAGCAGGAAAUGACAUUCCUCCUGCGCCAUAAGGAUGCCCAUGACCACUGGAUCGGCCUCCGGAGGGAGCAGGGGCAGCCCUGGAAAUGGACCAACGGCACCGAAUUCAACCACCUGUUUCAGAUAAGAGGAGGAGGUGACUGCGCAUAUCUGAAUGACGAGAAAGGGGUCAGCAGCUCACGGUGCUACAUGGGAAGACGUUGGAUCUGUACCAAACCUGAGGUGUAUGUGAUGGGAAAAGGGACUGCACUGGAAGGGAGCUCAAAAUAAGUCUCCUAGAAAUGACACUGAUACAACUCACACCUACAGUACUUGAAUGAGCCAUGUCCCCAUUCAUCAGCCUGGCCAAUCUCAAGAUCUCAGUCAGGCAGUGGGGCCCUCAAGCAAUAAGUGUGUGUAGUUUAAACUGUGGAUUCUUUGUAUGUGCCUUCUGCUUCUGAACCUUUAAACUCAGGGACACAUUGUCCAGCUUUUCUCUGAGCUGAGAGGGAGUGAUCUUAUGAGAAGGAGUCUCAGCCACACGCUGGGGAAGUAAGGGAAGGGGAGGCCUUGUUAGUUUAGACUCCAGAACAGCAUUUCUCAAAUGUGGCCACCAGCCGAUUGUUUGUUUUGUAGCCACGAGAGCCUCCAAAGUGGUCAAACAAUUGCUGAGAUGUUAAGUGUCAUAAAUCAUAAUGCAACUGUUGUGGUUACUAGGCCUGCCUGAGCCAGAGUUCUUCCAUAUUUAAACUCUGUCCUUCCAUGUUUAACUCUAAUCUACCUCAACAACCAAGGACAGGAAUUGGAAUGUGUAAAUAGCCAGUUAAACUAACAAG